GCUCUUCUGUUCAGCCAAAGUCAAGAAGACGAAGGGGCUGCAUUUAGGCUUUUCGACGCCUAUCGCCAGGGCCAGCUUGACAUAGCGGUUCUCGAUUCUCAGUCGGCUGGAUCGCACGCCAUCGCCAUCAGCACAUCGGAAGCGGCUUUGGCUACUUCAUCAUCCGGACCCUCCAAGACGUGUCCAUCGCUUGCCGAUUCGGCGCUCACCACCGUGUCCAAGUCGGCUAGUUCCAGUCCCUCCAAGGCGUCCGGAUCAGUUGACUCUACGUCCGAUCAGGCCUGUUCUGCACUACCGAGGUCCUGGCGUCUGCCGACUGACAGAGACGAGCCUAGGCAGACUGCACCAAGACCAGGCCUCUUGGAUCUACCUUCUCAGGCGUCUCCACCAGCAUGGGCUCCUCAGACUGGCCCUCCUGCGCCUCCGCCGAGCACCACAACUGAAGCUCAACUGGCUGGGUGA